UCUGACUUCCACGACGACGAGGAUGGCCACUGCUGCGACUAUGGUUCCCACUUCUCCCCCUGACGGGUUACAGAAGAGGAAGAGAUCGCGCUCUCCCGAGCAUGCUGAGCAGCCACCGUCCACUCGGCGCAGGUCUAUCUCACCUCCUCCCUCUCGUCUUCUGGAUGUAAAAGUGUCGGACGUUGACCCGGCACGCCGUGCUGAGCGCGAACGGCAGCUGGCCGCCCGUUUGGCAGAGAAGGAACUGGAGAAGUUGGAGAAAGAGAAGAGCGGCAAAAAGCAGCCCGAGUUCGACGCGGCGGCCGAGUUUGCGAAGCUGACGAGCACGCGCUCGGGCGGGGUAUACAUGCCCCCAGCAAGGCUGCGGGCGAUGCAGGAGGAGGCGGCGAAGGACAAGGCGAGUGCGGAGUACCAGAGGAUCACUUGGGACGCGUUGAGGAAGUCGAUCACGGGUAUCGUCAACCGAGUCAACGUUGGAAACAUCAAACACGUCGUGCCGGAGCUCUUCCAGGAGAAUCUCAUUCGUGGUCGGGGCUUGUUCGCGAGGAGUAUCAUGAAGGCGCAGGCUGCGAGUUUGCCGUUCACGCCUGUGUUCGCUGCUCUCGUGGCCAUCAUCAACACGAAGCUACCUCAGGUCGGUGAGUUGGUCUUGACAAGACUGAUUAGUCAGUUCCGUCGUGCUUUCAAGCGGAAUGACAAGAUUGUCUGUCACUCUACGACCACCUUCAUUGCGCACCUCGUCAACCAAGGUGUUGCUCACGAAAUCAUCCCGCUCCAAAUCCUCUUCCUACUCCUCGAACGCCCCACAGACGACUCCAUUGAGAUUGCGGUCGGGUUCAUGCGCGAGGUCGGUGCGUUCCUCGCGGAGAAUUCCCCGAAGGCCAACGCCACCGUGUACGAGCGCUUCCGUGCCGUGCUGAACGAAGGUGCCAUCAGCCACCGCGUGCAGUACAUGAUCGAAGUGCUCAUGCAGGUGCGGAAGGACAAGUAUAAGGACAACCCCAUCAUCCCGGAGGGCUUGGACUUGGUCGAGGAGGAUGAGCAGAUCACGCACCAGAUACAGCUCGAAGAUGAGUUGCAGGUGCAGGAGGGACUCAACAUUUUCAAGUUUGAUCCGAACUAUCUCGAGAAUGAGGAGAAAUACAAGCAAAUCAAGGCGGAGAUCCUAGGUGAAGGUUCUUCGGAUGAGGAAGAGUCUGGAUCCGAGGAGUUGGAAUCAGACGAGGAAGAGGACGAAGAGGCGGUGGCAGAAAAGCAAGGCAUUGAGGAUCGGACACAAACGAACCUCAUCAAUCUUCGCCGGGUCAUCUACCUGACCAUCAUGAACGCGUUGAACUACGAGGAAGCCGUGCAUAAACUCCUGAAGGUUCAGAUCAAGGAGGGUCAGGAGAUCGAGCUGGCCAAGAUGAUAAUCGAGUGUUGCUCGCAGGAGCGGUCAUAUUCCACGUUCUACGGUCUCAUUGGCGAACGCUUUUGCAGGCUGAAUCGCGUCUGGUUUGACUGCUUUGAGCAGGCGUUCCGCGAGUACUACGAGACCAUUCACCGUUACGAGACGAACCGCCUCCGGAAUAUCGCUCGAUUCUUCGGACACCUCCUCGCAUCCGACGCCGUCUCUUGGAAUGUGCUCGAUUGCAUUAAGCUCACCGAAGACGAUACGACCUCCAGUUCCCGUAUCUUCAUCAAGAUAUUGUUCAAUGAAGUGUCGGAGAGCAUGGGUCUGAAGACAGUCGCGGAGCGAUUUAAGGACCCAGAGGUCAAGAUGGCUUGCCGCGGAAUGUUCCCCAUGGACAACCCCAAGGAUACCCGUUUCUCGAUUAACUACUUCACCUCGAUCGGUCUCGGCGUGGUCACUGAGGAAAUGCGCGAACACUUAAAGAAUGCUCCCCGCCUCAUUAUGGAGCAGCGCCGUGCUAUGCUCGAGGCCGAGUCUUCGUCCUCCGACUCUGACAGCUCGGACACGGACUCCGACUCUGACAGUGACUCUGAUAGCGACACCGACUCCGCCUCGGCCUCUGACGACUCUGACGACCCCCGCCGCUCAGACCGCAAGCGCCGCUCCCCGUCUCCUUACCGCAAGGAUAGGCGACGAGACGAAUCCCGCUCGCCCCCUCGACGCGACCGCAAGGACUCUCCUUCGCCGCCGCCUCGCCGGGAUGACCGUGAACGCGACCGCUAUGGCUCUCGUCGGGACUCUCCACCUCGCCGCCGCGACUACUCUCCUGACCGCCGCGACCGCGACUCCCCUCGUCGUCGGGAUUACACCCCGGACCGACGCCGGGCUCGUUCGCCUCCGGAUUCUGUGUCCCCUCCUCCGCGUGCGCGUGAUGACAGGGACCGCCGUGAUAGGUCCAGGUCGUACUCGCCCCCUCGUCGCGGUGGGAAGGGCUACGACAGGAGACGAGACGAUUCGCGCGAGAGGGGUCACGACAGAGAUAGGAGGCGUAGGUCGGUUUCGAGGGACAAGUAUACCGGGAGGCGGUGAUUGUCUUCGUUUGGCAGGCUGAAUGGAAGGCCUGCUCUGCAAUAGUUUGCUAUUGAUUGUGCUCAUGGAUGUAAUGUAUGUUCGCUCAUGGCUCAUUACCUAAAUGUAUGUACG